CCAACGUCAGGGUUUUUGCUCUUCUCUCUCUCUCCCAAACUUCGAUUUGCCAUCGCCAUUGUUGUCUUGUUGUUGGAGCUAGAUAUAGAGAGAAAGAGAAAGAGAGACAGAGAGAGUUCUGUGAUGGUGAUGAGAAAGCUACAGUUACCGUUAAGUCAGACGCAGAAGGUUAGAUUUGAUAGAGCAAUCGAGCGGCUUCACUCACUUUCGUCGACGGCAAACUCUGACGCUUCUGUUAUCGUCACCGAUUCUAUUCCCGUCAACCACGAUGAUGCCUUCCUCAAGGGACACGGAACUUCUGAGGUCAAUGGUGAGUUGCUCGCGACGGUCUGUGGAGUAGUGGAGCGUGUUGAUAAGCUCGUCUAUGUACGAACCCUACGAGCUAGGUACAAGCCUGAGGUUGGGGAUAUUGUGGUAGGCCGUGUCAUUGAGGUUGCUCAAAAACGUUGGAGAGUGGAGCUCAACUUUAAUCAGGAUGGAGUACUAAUGCUUUCUUCCAUGAACAUGCCUGAUGGUAUACAGAGGCGAAGAACUUCUGUGGAUGAACUGAAUAUGCGGAAUAUAUUUGUAGAGCAUGAUGUUGUUUGUGCUGAAGUCCGCAACUUUCAGCAUGAUGGUAGCUUGCAGUUACAAGCCAGAAGCCAGAAGUAUGGCAAGCUCGAGAAGGGACAGCUUCUGAAGGUUGAUCCUUACUUGGUUAAAAGAAGCAAACAUCACUUUCAUUACAUUGAAAGCCUUGGGAUUGAUUUGAUCAUUGGCUGCAAUGGUUUCAUAUGGGUUGGAGAACAUGUGGAAGUGAGAGAUCCUAUGGCGAUAGAUGAUCAGAAAGAUGAGGAUAUGAUCUCAUCCUCCGCCGAGAACACAGGAAAAGAGCAAAUCUUUACAUUACUCGAGACUCGGCAAACCAUAUGCAGAAUGGGGAAUGCGAUACGCGUCUUGUCUAAUCUAGGAUUCACAGUGACUCUAGAAAUAAUCAUGGAGACUGUUAACCUCAGCAACUCAAAGAAUGUUGACAUACACGACAUGCUUGGAUCAGAGUUUCACGUUGUGGUUGCAGAGAAUGAAGCUGAAAGACGACGUACAAAGAGGAAAAAGUGAAGUCAUCCUCCCCUUUCUGUGGCUGUUUCAACAAAAGACUUGUGUUAACGUGUAUUAGAUGAUCAUGUGGGGGCUUGUUAUGACUAUGAUGGAUUUGUUUUGUUAUUUACAAACAGUAGAAUGUUACUAUUGAUUAAUCGAGGUUGUGUUUUUGGGA